AUGGCGCAAAAAUGGUUAAUUUGUUUCUUCAUCGCACUGUCGGCGUCCCAAAAAGCCGAAAAGCCGGCGAUGUCUUGUUCGUAUGGUGGCCGAGGUACGCUCAUAUCGAUCUGCACUAACGCUAACGCCGGAUACUUUCGUAAAACCUCGUACAGAUUCGACCAUUUAGACGAAACCCUCCGAUGCGUUAACUGUAGCCUGCAGGUAUUGGAAGGCGGUUCGUUGGACUUGUCCGGCAACCAAAUAAAGCACCUCGACCUCCACAAUUCCCAAAUCACCGUGCUCAAGCCGAGGGCGUUUAUCGGUUUGAUAUUCUUGGAGACCCUCAAUAUAAACUCGAAUCUCAUCGCCGUUAUUCCACCGGAAACCUUCCAAGGAGUCACAAAGAUUCGCACAAUAGACGCAAGCAAUAACGUAAUCAAGUCUUUGGCCGCUAAAGCUUUCGUUGGGCUCUCCAAUUUGAUUUCCCUAAACUUGUGCGACAACAAAAUCGGAUACAUCGACACGGACGCGUUUAGUGGCUUAGAUUCGCUCAGGGUGUUGGAAUUGUGCAACAACGCAAUAUACGACCUUCACCACAUCUUUACGGCCCCCUCGAAACUGUGGUACCUCAACGUGGCGCGCAACCAAAUCACCGACGUCAUCGAAACCGACUUUAGAUACUUAAACAAUCUCGUGGUGCUGCGAAUGCCUAGCAAUUCCUUGAAGUCAAUCAGGAGGCACGCGUUUCUACCGCUGCUCAACCUCCAAACACUCAACUUGUCCUCCAAUCCGAUUGAGGCGAUCGAGACCGGCGGAUUUCGCGGCCUAUCGUCCCUGGAGGAGUUCGACUUGAGCGGCUGUCGAAUCCGAAACGUGCAGAAGGGACUCCUGCUCGCGCUCCACAUGCUGCGCACCCUCGACUUGUCCAACAACCGCCUCGGAACGUUCCAAACCGGAAUAUUCUCCGGUCUCCCGGAGUUGCGGGUUCUAAACGUGAGCCACAACAAGAUCAAACGGUACGAACGGACCGGAGUGCUUAAGCUUCCCAGUCUGCACAACCUCGACUUAUCCUACAACGAGCUGAAGACCAUCGACUACAAGGCUUUGAUUGGCCAUCUUCCCGCUCUGUCGUACCUGGGUCUGGAGGGCAACGACCUGAGUUGCUUCCUGAAGAGCGAAAUGCAGGAAAUGUUUAAGGAAGACAAUUUUAAGUUUAAUUUGGGCGCCAUUGAGAACUCAAAUGAAAAGUGUAACGCGUCCAAAAUUGACGUUGACACGUCCUCUAACCAAAUAGAGGACGUCUCCACCGAAAGGUUGCAGAGCUAUAAGUAUUACGCAGCGGAUGAGCACGAAUACUUUCUUUAUGUUUUCAUCGUAUUUUCAGUUGCGGUGCUUUCCAUUUUGUUUUAUUUGCACUACCGUGAUAGAGUGCAGCUUGCGCGAAUGAGUCAUACAGACACGUUCGAGACGCCGUUAAUCGUAAACUAA